AUCAAUGGACAGCAGCGCUCCUCGCUUCCAUAGCUCGGAGGAAGAGGUUCUAUGCAGCAGCUAUACCGUUAGCCACAUAUCUACCGUGCAAAUCAGCUGCGUCAUACCUGCACACGGUGGCACAGAAUUAAGCCAUUAAAGCUGUUAUUUUAACUGUGCCUCUUCUUUAAGCGGGUGCCGGGAUUUUCACUGUGUCCCCCUUCGGUUCGCCUAGAUCACAAAGCUUUCAGAUCGCAAAGGUUCCGCUAACCUGUGAAAAUGGUGAAAUUGGGGAACAAUUUUUGUGAAAAGAAUAACGCAAAGCCCGUCUCCGAAGAUGGAUUUGACACAAUUCCCCUUAUAACACCUCUAGAUGUCAAUCAACUGCAGUUUCCUCCUCCCGACAAGGUGGUGGUGAAGACCAAAACCGACUACAACGGUGAUCAUAAGAAGGGAGCCUUCCGUUCCCCUAAAAUAGCCGAAUUUACAAUAAGCGUCAUCGAAGGCGUUUCUGAACGACUCAAAGUGACCCUUCUGGUGAUUUGUGCGCUGGCGUUUCUGGUGUGUGUGGUGUUCCUGGUCGUCUACAAAGUGUACCAGUAUGAGCAGCCCUGCCCAGAGGGAUUCGUGUACACGAACCGCUGCAUGCCAGCUGGAGUGUACAACUACUACCCCCCUCAGGGCCCUGGGGGGCGCGGCAGACUCUUCACCAUCAUCAACCACUACAACCUGGCCAAGCAGACCAUCACCCGGUCUGUGUCCCCCUGGAUGACCAUCAUGGCCGAAGAGAAGGUCUCGCAGCAAGAGACUGAGACCUCACAGAAGCUGGCCUAGAGGGGGAGCCACAAACACACGCACGCGCACACACACACACAGGGAUGCAGACCAUUUUAUAUGAUCAGACAAAUGUAUUCACCAACACGCUUGCACUCUUACGCGUGUGCACACAGACACACAUAUGCAAAAACACACACACGGACAGACAGAUAUACACACACACACACAAACACUCUUACAUAGGAAUUUACACCUGCACUAUUACACACCCACACAUACAUCCUCAUAUCACAUACACCAGUAUGCACACUACAAUGCAGAGAUUUAUACAGCUUCAUGCACACCUACAUACGCCAGUACACACACGCGUGUGCUUAGACACACAGGGAUGUGGGAAUGUGUAGCAACGGCUACACGCACAGUCAAAUUUCAACACCAUACUGAUAAGAGGGUGUGCAUUACAGUAGCUCCCAAUCUCAAAUGUUACCGUGGCUGUCCAUGGAGAGAUUGAACCAUUUCAUUACUAUAUAUGUAUCAUAAUUGCAGAAAAAGUUUCUACUGAAGCAGUUCCCUCUUCCUAUUUACAUGUUACCCAUCAUUCAAUUUGAAAUUAAACCCAGUAGGAGAGUUCACUGCACACUGCUGCCUGCUUGAUAUGUCAAGGAAGAACAGCUCUGGGGCCCUCAGACUCAAAAAACCUGUUGGUCCAGUCAGGAGGAA